CGCCGGCUUCCGACUCCGCUUCUCCGCAAACGACUAAGUCUUCCGAGCCCUAAGGCAGAGAAGUAGAGCAUACAGCAGCAGCAGCAGCAGCAUCCUCAUCAUCAUGGCCCUGGAGACUAAGGCGUCGCUGGCGACGCUCGCGCAGACCCAGUACCAAGGGUUCACGCAGUUGCUACAGACGUUCGAUGGACGCGUCCAUGAGCACGAGACGCUCCUGGGCGUAAGCCCCAUGACUGGCAAGGCCUGUGGAAAGCGCAAGCGCACGGAGAAUGGCAAGCCCAUGUACACUACCGCGCGCCCGGUCAAUGGCCAAGAAACCACGCUCCUUGCGAUCUGCGACAAGGACUGCGUGCUCCUCGAGGCGCCCCACUGCAUUACCGACUUUAUGGCUCUCUUUGCCAGUGCCAAGACGGAACCCGACCAGGCCAAGCUCUUGCACGUGCUUGAAGCCACGGCCAAGAAGGGCACGCCGCACGCAGCCGCCGUCAUCACGGCGUUCGAGACGACGGGCGGCAUGAAGACGGCCAAAGCUUGGCUCGAAGCCGCCGUGGCCUUCAACCAGACGACCUUUUUGCACCUGGUUCUAACGGUGCUGAAAGCGCUGCCUAUAACGCUCGCGAGCAUCACCGAGGCGCGCAUCAACGAGCCGAUCGUCGCGCUGCGCAAGUCGCCGCCGAACGACGUGGUGAAGCGGUCGGCCCAGGACCUCCUCAAGUCGUGGCGCACCAAGUUUACAGAAAAACCCGCUCCUCCUGCUACCAAGGGCAACUCGAGUCCGCCGUCCAAGCAGUCGUCCCCGACAGCGGCGGCCGUGGUGGCGCCCCCAGUUGUCUCGGCCCGCGUGCCCACGAAGAGCAACACGCUACUGACCAACCUCCUCAUGAAGCCCAAGGAGACCAAGAUUACCAAGGCCAAGGACACGACGUUGACCAAGAUGCUUCAGCAAAAGCAGCUCAAAGACAAAGAAGGUGUCUCGGCGGCCGCGUCGUCGCCAAUCGGGAAGGGCCUCGCACUGCCCGCGAUUGUGAGCUUUGGCGACGUCAAGACGACGGACGCACCGGCCGUCACGAGCAAGAAGCGUAUCCGCUGGGCUGACAACCACGGCAAGGACCUCACGCACGUCAAGCUCAUCGAGUCAUGGCGCGACAUUGUGUACCACACGGAAGCUGACGAUGAACCUGCCGCGCCGCCCGCCGCCGCGCCGCACCAUGACAGCUUCAAGGACGCCAAGCUACGGGAGCACGCGAACGAAAAACACGCGUUUCAACAUAAACACACGGAGCGUCCCGCGCCCAUCAAGCCGACGAUGGAGUGGCGCACGCCGCUCGCCGUGCAGCUGCCGCACGACGUGGCCGGCCGCGCCGCCGACCACACGACGAACGAAACGACGGCCCAAGCUGCCCGGACGCGCAAGGAUGUCGAAUGGAUCUUGCUCGGCAACGAAGUGCCGCCGUCGACGCCGCACGAGUGGGUGCGGUCGUCGGCCGAUGUCUUUAUGGGCCCACCCGUUCGUAUUGCGCUCGCGGAUGGCUCGCCCGAAGACCACCGCCACGAUGUCUAUGCACUGCCGCCUGUGGCGGCCGACACGGCGGCCGUAGCCAGUGUCUUGUCGUUGCUGGAGAAGACGACUGUGGCGCUUCUCUUGGACAAUGAGCACGUGCUGGCACAAGUGUACGACGAAGUGCUCCGCACGCGCCGCCGCAUCUCGGACGCGCGCAUCUAUGAGCUUGUCGAAGCCAGUCGCUCGCAAGGCGGCUACCACCACCCUUCGCAUCCCCAUAACAGCUAUAGCACAGAAAGUUCGAGUAGAAAUCCGUCGACGUAUGUCGAGUACGGCGCCAAGAAGCGCGGGUAUGACGGCGGGUCGUACAGCGAGCCCGCGGGGUAUGCGGCGGCCAAGCGCCACCAGCCCGCGGCGCCCAUGUAUAGCCCGCCACCGUCGGCGUACGCGCCCGAAACCGACGCUGCAUUUGGCCGCCCCGCGCCGACUACGGACCGGCCGCGGUACCGCAAGGUACCGUGCAAGCAUUACCGCACGGCCCGAGGCUGCAAGAAGGGCGACGGUUGCCCGUUCGUCCACGAAGGGGCGCCCGGUAACAUGCAAACGGGCGGGCGCCCGUCGGCCUUUGACACCUCGUACGGUCGGGGCGGCUACGGCACCCAAGCGCGACCAACCAACGGCGGCCGCGGCUACUAGAAUUAGGACGCAUAACGUAAUUUAGCAACCACUGGGAACAUUUGCCUAAUUUUCACAACUAUGUAAUAUCGAU